AUGGUUGGGGUUUGGACUACUGUGGGUAAGGAGAUUAGGUGAAAGUGGGGUGGCAUCACUUAAGCAGGCUUUGUUUGCUCUUGAGAAGUAGAAUUGUUCAGGUCAUUAAAUGGAUGUUAAGCAAGGGCCAGGGAUCUACAAUGGGAACAUAUGUGCAACUGGUGCGAGCUUUAGAUAAAGACCAUAGAGGAGGAGAAGUAACCAAGUUUUGGAUGAAAAAAUUGGUACGUAUCUGCAUUCCAGUGCCUUGGCAGUUAUGCCCAAAAGCUUGAUCUGUAUACAUUACCGAAACAAUAUGCUGGAAAGGCUCAUAAAGCUUUUCAAAGGCCUUGAAGCUUUUGAUCGUAAGCCUCCAGAGAAAUCAAUUGUGCAAAAGGUGGCAGAUGUGUAUCAGAUAUUAGGCUUACCAGAAGAGAAAGAGAGGGUACUAGAGAAGUACAAAGAUCUCUUCACCGAGACAGAGAAAGAAAGCCGAAAAUCUAAGCAGCAUCUAAGAAAAACAUGCAAAACAAAGCGUCGAAAAGACACAAGAAUUUCUGAUGUUGUUACAGAAGCUUUAGAUGACAUACAAUAAGGUCAAGGAUUACUGUGAUAUCUUUUUCUCUGUUAUUAGAAUCUUGGGAUAAUCUUUCUUCAUUAUAUGAUCCUGGUCCAAUUGUUAAUCUCAAAUAUAUGUCAUGGUUUGGCAGACCAAAAAUACAAAUCUACAAAAGAGAAAUUGAUGUUUUUGAUUGCCAUUUACCAGGAUACUGCUAAAUCUGCCCCAGAAUUGGUCUUCCUUGAGAGUGUAAUGUCUGCAAUUUACAGUUUUCUCAACUCUUUACAGGUUCACUUUGGAAGCCUUUGUUGUGAUUCAAGAAGCCUCUUUGCGGAUUCAGAUAGGGUGACUAAUAAUCAGAGAUGUUGUCGUUGCGAAAAGCAUUGGUGUUUCUUAUACUUCAGUUUCUCGAAGAUGAGAAAUUCGAGGAGUCUCUUCACAAGCUUGAAAAAGAAUCAGGGUUUUAUUUCAAUGUGAAGUACCUCUAUGAGAAAGUUCAAGCCGGAGAUUGGGUUGAAGUUGAGAAAUACUUGUCAAGAUUUACCAAAAUUGAUGAUAACCAAGAUUCUAUAAAGAUAUUUUAUGAAAUUAGGAAGCAAAAGUAUCUUGAAGCACUUGAUAGGCGAGACAAGGCAAAGGCGCUUGAAAUGUUAGAUAAUGAGUUAAAAGUGUUUUCAACAUUGAAUGAGGAAGGUUACAAAGAACUUACACAACUUUUAACUCUCAGCAAUUUCAGGGAAAAUGAGCAGCUGUCCAAGUAUGACACCAAAACAGCUCGUAGCAUACUUUUGAUAGAGCUCAGAAAACUGAUGGAAGCAAACCCACGUUUCCGCAAUAAGCUUACUUUUCCCACCCUAAAGGAUUCAGGAUUGCAGUCUCUAAUGAAUGGUUUCCUAUAAACUGGAGCCGUGUUUCCGCCUUUUUGCUGUAUGUUUCUAUGAAAAAGUUGGAGCCAAAUUUAAUACAUGAUCUUUGAUGCAGUUUAAACUGGCUGCACCUGUUCGGCAAGAACCCA